AUGGAGCAAGGCAAGAAAGACUUCAAUGCUCUAAACAAGGAGAUUGCCACGCUUAAGAAGGCCAAGCAGGAUGCCGCCGAACAGAUGGAGAAGUCGAAGGAGAUCAAGGCGCGGAUCGCCGAGCUGGAGGAGCGCGAGAAGGAGCUGAGCGCCGCGCGCGACGCGGCGCUGCUGCCGAUCGGCAACCUGGUGCACGACAGCGUCCCCGUCAGCAACGACGAGGUGCGGCCCUCGGAUGGGUAG